CCUCACAAGCACUGCCAGCGCAUCCGCACAGCUGCAACAUGACACGCGUGCCGCUCAUCUUCGGCACCAUGACGCUCGGCGAGGCGGGCAGGAACGGCGUGCGCGAGAGCGACCUGCCGCGCUGCCAGGAGAUCCUCGACGUCUACUUCCAGCACGGCAACGAGCUCGACACGGCCCGCCAGUAUGCAGAGGGCACGACGGAGCAGUACCUCGCCCAGCUGGACCGCAAGGACGCCUUUGUCGACACCAAAGUCUACCCGACCAACGCAGGAGACCACGCUCCCGAGGCGUUCCGCUCGACGUUCUUCAAGUGCCUUGAGGCGCUCAACGUCAAGAAGGUCCGCACACUCUACCUGCAUGCGCCGGACCGCAGUGUCCCGUUCCUCGACACCCUGACCGAGGCGGACGCUCUGCACCGCGAGGGCUACUUUGAGCAGCUCGGCCUCAGCAACUUUGCGGCCUGGGAGGUGGCUGAGAUCGUGACUGCCGCACGCGAGCGGGGUCUGCUGCAGCCCAAGAUCUACCAGGCAAUGUACAAUGCCCUCACGCGCGCCAUCGAGACAGAGCUCGUGCCAGCGUUGCGCAAGUAUGACAUGCGUCUGGUCGUGUACAACCCGCUUGCGGGCGGCCUGCUCGCGGGCAAGCUGCCGGGCAAGGAGUCCGGCAAGGGCAGUCGCUUUGAGGGUGACAGCAAGCUGGCGGCCAUGUACCGCGAGCGCUACGUCAAGAACCUCUUCGUCGAGGCCGUCGAAGGGCUUCUGCCGAUCGCGGAGAAGCACAACGUCUCGCUGGCAGAAGUGGCGCUGCGGUGGAUGCAGCAUCACAGUGCCCUGACGCCGAGCGACGGCGUCAUCCUUGGCGCUUCCAGCGCUGCACAGCUCAAGGGCAAUUGCACUGCUUCGUGCAUGCACGCCGCACAAGCUGUCUGAACCGCACUGACGCAUCAGUGCUGCAGCGAGGGCGGCCCGCUGCCCGACGAGCUCGUCGCCGCACUCGACGCGGCCGCCAAGCAGGUGCUGCCCGACUGCCCGCUGUACUGGCGCUGAGGCCUCGAUCAAGCUACGCGCUCGCAAAUGAGAUCCUUUGGCUUGCUCGUUGGACGCAUUUAUUGCUCAGCGUUCCCGUCUUGCCGCG